UCUGAUGCGUAUGUCCUUAAAAAGGACGAAGAAGAAAUUAAAAAAGAAAUAUUCAAGAAUGGACCUGUUCAAGCCAGCAUCAUCAUCUACGACGACUUUGGUUUAUACACAGGUGGAAUCUACAAACAUAAGGCAGGUGAAAACAGAGGUGGUCACGCUAUCAAGCUUCUAGGCUGGGGUAUUGAAAAUGGAACAAAGUUUUGGCUUGGGGCAAACUCUUGGUCGGAAGAUUGGGGAGAAAAAGGUAACAAAACUAAUUUUUAG